AAAUAAAAUUUCAAUUAGAAACGAUUUUAUAAGAUUUCUCUUUCAGAGAGACACCAUCGAUCCAAUACCAUCUGAAAAAGCAAUUGCGGAAGCUAAGCGAUUGGCUGACGAGAGCUUAGAUUUUCUCAAGAAGGUGGCAGAACGAGCUAGAGGAAUGCCCGUCGAAUAUCCCAAAGCGCCAUUUGAACCUCGAAGGUAUCUGGAAACUUUUGAAGGGAAGAAUGGAGAGGUAGAAACGGAAAUAAAAAUUCUGUCUCUGGGUGACAACAAUGGCGCAUGCGAUUUUGAAGGUUUUGAGGAGAAAGACGAUCUCGAAAACGGAACUGAACAAAACUUUGUAGAGAGUUGUGAUCCAUGCAAUGUGCCUCAAUGCCCAUUGAAUCCAGCAGAUCAAGAAAGAGGAAAAAUGGGAGAUCUUGAUACCGAUGAGGACCCUGAAGAUGCAAAAGGCUCUGAUGACUGGGAUAGGCGUGUGAUAGUUCGCAGGCGAGAACUGGUCCCUGAAGAGGAAGCAAAGCUGCCAUGGCAUAAACCACCUUUGGAUAUGUACAGACGAGUCACAGAAGCUAUACAUGGUUUAGAUAUGAUAAAGGCAAGUAAUGUUACGUAA